UCCGGUGACCCCCGACAAGAGGUGGAAGUUCACAUGUUAUGGUUAUUUUUUGAGCAGCCCUCAGAUGUGGUCACUGCCCAGUAACCAACUGGAGCUCCUGGUAUCAGGUACCCUUGACAAGCCCACCAUAUGGGCUGAGCCAAGGUCUGUGAUCACCUCAGGGACUUAUGUUGCCAUCUGGUGUAAGGCAACACUACCAACCCUAAUCUAUGUGAUAUAUAAAGAGGGAAGUGCAGAUCCUCGGGACCAAAAGAACCAAAUAGUCUACAAUUAUAAUGCAAAACUCACCAUUUCAUCUAUGACAGAAUUGAGUGCAGGGAGAUAUCACUGCUACUCAUACACCUCUGCUGGAUGGACAGAACGCAGUAACUCCUUAGAGCUGGUGGUGACAGGAGUCUACAACAAACCCAUACUGUUGCCACUGCAAGACCCCGUUGUGACUGUAGGAAUGACUGUGACACUCUCUUGUACCUCAAAUCAUUCAUACAACUGGUUCAUUUUAACUAAGGAUGAUCAGAAGUUCUUACACAGUGAGCGUUCACAAGAUAAAGACACUGGCUUAUUUUUUGCCGAGUUCCAAGUGAAACCAACAGCCUUUGGCCAAAGGUGGAUGUUCAGAUGCUAUGGCUCUUACAGAAGUAAUCAUCAGGUGUGGUCAGAAGGGAGUGACCUUUUGGAACUUCUGAUCUCAGUCUCACAGCCUCAAGAUCACACAGUGGAGAACAUCAUCAGGAUGGGCAUUUCCGGUUUGAUUCUCACAGUACUUGGGAUUUUGCUGUUUGGGAAUUGCCCCAGCCAGAGAAGACCUUGAUUGCAUCCUAGAAGAAAAGACGAGAGAUGGCCACAGGCUUGCAUCAUUACUAUCUCUGAAAAAUAAAUUUGUUAAUCUUUAGUGUUUUUUUUUACA